UUCGAUAUUACAUUGCCGAUCAACAGAAUCACCUAAGGUGAGCACAUAGAUUUAUUCAUCAUAGUCCAUUUGUAUGAACUAUGAACUCUGCUUUUACAGAGAUACUAGGUUGUACUCUGGCGGUUUGUCGCCAUCUAGAGCGAACUAAUACUGUCUUUGGAUAAUGGAGAUGGCGGAAUGCCACUGACUACCCUUACCGUCCUAGUUCUCGAGUCUCGAACGAAGACAGCCAGCCAGGUAACCCGGUCACGUGAUAUUAAUAUCGCACAUGCACAUUCAUAUGAACCAUUGCCAAAUAAUGUGACUUUGCCCCUUCUCUUAGUGCCCUCAGUCGUAUUGAAUCUCUCAAACACGGUCAACCUGGAUAUGUUACAACAAGGUGCAACCGCAAACCAACUUCGAACUGAAUGGACGGAUUGAAGUGUAAUGUAAACUGCAAGACAGAACUAGGAUAUUUCAAUACAGGAAGUCACAUAAUUUACCUGGAUACUUAUUAGACUGCAUGCUUGCGCGAACAUCGUUUAUGAGAACGACAGGUAUCUACUACCUGUGGCUUUUGAAGAAGACAAGAAAAUAAAAAGGUCCUUUCUGACAGACAGAAACCCCCCCGUUCUGCGAACCGGUCCUCUCCACCUCCCAGCAUUCAUACAGCCCAGGACCCAGCUCAAAGAGAAGCGGACAUGGCUCAGGAGAAAGCGGAUGAGAGCGAGGCCGCCCAGACACAGCAACAGCCCCCCUCCCCAUUGGCUCAGAGUGGCGCUGAUGGAUCUAGUACCUAUUUUAACCAACAGGUCCCCAUUCCCCAGGAUGACAGACAGGUGUGGUUUAGUUUCCGUAAGCUGUGGGCCUUCACUGGCCCAGGGUUCCUGAUGAGCAUCGCCUACCUAGACCCAGGAAAUAUUGAGUCAGACCUGCAGUCAGGUGCCAAAGCAGGGUUCAAGCUCCUGUGGGUUCUGCUGGGAUCCACCGUCAUUGGUCUGCUGCUGCAGAGACUGGCGGCUCGACUGGGCGUGGUCACGGGGAUGCAUCUGGCCGAAGUUUGCCAUCAGCAGUACCACGCUGUGCCGCGCAUUAUCCUGUGGUUGAUGGUGGAGCUGGCCAUCAUUGGUUCGGACAUGCAGGAGGUCAUUGGUUGUGCCAUUGCAUUCAACCUCCUCUCCUCUGGCAGGAUACCUUUGUGGGGAGGGGUACUCAUCACCAUUAUCGACACAUUUGUGUUCCUGUUCCUAGACAACUAUGGUCUGAGAAAGCUGGAGACCUUUUUUGGCCUGCUUAUUACAAUCAUGGCCGUCACUUUUGGAUAUGAGUAUGUGAUGGUGCGUCCAGAUCAGGGCGAGCUGCUGAAGGGGAUGUUUGUGCCCCGCUGUCAGGGAUGUGGUCCUUCCCAGAUGGAGCAGGCUGUGGGCAUCGUAGGAGCUGUCAUCAUGCCACACAAUAUCUACCUCCACUCUGCCCUGGUCAAGUCUCGGCAGAUUGAUCGUUCCAGCGCGAAAGAGGUCAAGGAGGCCAAUAAAUACUUUUUCAUCGAGUCAACCAUCGCACUCUUCGUCUCCUUCCUCAUCAAUGUAUUUGUAGUGGCCGUUUUCGCAGAGGCUUUCUAUGGACGCACAAACAUGGAAGUGCACGACGUGUGUAAUGCGACGCACGGUCUUCACGCAGAUUUGUUCCCCUUUAACAACGAGACACUGCAAGUGGACAUCUACAAAGGGGGAGUGGUCCUGGGCUGUUUCUUCGGCCCUGCAGCACUCUAUAUAUGGGCCGUGGGAAUCCUGGCAGCAGGUCAGAGUUCAACCAUGACUGGAACCUACUCGGGGCAGUUUGUCAUGGAGGGCUUUUUGAACCUGCGCUGGUCUCGAUUCUCCCGGGUGUUGCUGACCCGCUCCAUUGCCAUCACGCCCACCCUGCUAGUGGCCAUCUUUCAGGACGUCACCCAUCUCACGGGGAUGAAUGACUUCCUCAACGUGCUGCAGAGCAUGCAGCUGCCGUUUGCCUUGAUUCCCAUUCUCACUUUCACCAGUUUGUCAUCCCUCAUGAGUGAAUUUGCCAAUGGAUUGUUUUGGAAGAUUUGGGGAGCAGUUAUGGUCUUGCUGGUGUGUUGCAUCAACAUGUAUUUUGUCGUCAUCUAUGUUGCCACUCUGAACAAUAUCUGGCUCUACGUGCUGGCUGCUUUUCUCAGCAUAGCAUAUUUGGUAUUUGUCGGUUACCUGGCAUGGCUAUGUCUGAUAGCACUUGGGAUGUCCUGUCUGGAUGUCUUCGGCCGGGUCCAGAAUGACACAAUGGUGCUGAUAGAGCAGCGGCCAGAGUUUGACACCUGAAAACGGCUCUUCUCCCUUCUGUAUGCGUGUGUGUGAGUGUGUGUGUGAGUGUGUGUGUGUGAGUGUGAACGUGCAUGCAUGUAUGUGUUGGGGGGGUGUGUGGAUGAAGUACGGACAAUAAACAUUUAUUGAGUGAAUUUUUACUUUUUUGUAUUGAAUUUAAUUGCCAUGUUGGGACUUGCUAUGUCUGCACUCUGUACUAUUUUAGGGGCAGAAUUGCUGUAUAUCUUCAAAUGGUUGGAAACACAAGGAAUGCUCUUGUUUUGAUGUCGUGGUCAAUGGGAUCUUGACUGCCAUGGAAAAAUACUUUUGUAACACGGUAUGAGCUCGACAGAUACUUAGCACGCUUGAACCACUGAGAGGCACUGUCGACUCCCAACUGAAAAGCAUCAGACUAGCAGUGCUGUAUUCUGAGUAACAAACAUUAAAUGCCAUGAACUUUUACAUAUUGUGAAAAUGAAUCACCGUUUUGUUUAACUGCAGAUACACAAUUUUUUUUAUCUGUAUGACCUCAUUUGUAUGUACAUCCAGAUGCAAUUGCUAUCAUUCUGUGCAUUAGGUUCACAUGCAUGAUGUUGUGGAUGUUUGGAAUUCCUAGGCUGGUGUACAAUUUUACAUUUGUGUCAUAAAAUAUCCGGGGAGUAAGACUGGCAUAUUCACUGUUCUAUGAGAUGCUGUUACCCCGUGAAAGAGUGGACGGACAUUUUUUCCUCAUGUUGUGGUGGCGGGGAACUGUUUCCUGUCAUGGAAGCAACAGCCUUAUGUAAGGAGGGUCUACCCACCUCCUUUCUGUGUUUUUGUUUUUCUCAAUGAGCCAGUCUUACCCUGCGUAGGCCUCUCUCUCAGCCUGUCCUGCAGGCCCCUUUCCUGGAAACAUAGCCCAGUAGAGGCCACUCAGGGGCAGAGGAGGGAGGUGGAGGGGGGCUUCUUCCUGUAAAUCACAUGAUCCUGGACCUAAAGUCCCAACCCUACAUACAUUUCAGAUGUGACCAUCUCCAUAGUCUCUGGGCUGUUUCAAUGUUGUUAGCAGAGUGUUGUUCAGUCCUUUAAGUAAGUACGGACGCGUAUGGACGUGUAUGUAAGAUUUACUGAGUUUGGAGGUAUAUAACCAUGAUAUGGUUCAUGCUUUUUUGUUGGAAGAAAUGUUUCACAACUACCAUGUUUUUAUUGACUGUUCUUAAUAGUGUACUGUGAAAUUAACAUGAAGUCAUGAAUUAGUUAUUAUACAAUUAUUUUGAUAAAGCUUAAGAGUGAAAAGAUAAUCCUAUUUGUAAUUGUUUUACACAAAUGUUUGUUUUUAAUCAUUUGAAGGAAGUGAAAUAGCACAUGCAGCAUCUGAACUUGGACCAGCUCUGAUCUCACUGCAGAUUGGAAUUAUUUCCGUUCAGUAAAUAUGUUGCCUAAAAGGUUUCAUAACAAAAGCUGUAUAUCUCAUUUGUUGUUUGAUUGUUUUGGAAAUAAUUUCUGAUGUGCUGAUGUGCUAAAUCAAAGUUGUGUAAUUUAAAUUACCUUUCUAAAGCUUGUUCUUACAAACCUGUUUCCAAAAAAGUUGGGAUGCGAUGUAAAAUGUAAAGAAAAACAGAAUGCAGUAAUGUGCAAAUCAU